CUAAGGAAGUGGUCUGGUAGAAGAGGAAAAAGAAUAACGCAAUUACGCAACACAAAGCUUCUUAAACCCUAUUGCUUUUGGGAAGCGGAAGCACCAGCAGCGGCGGCGGAGGGUUGAAGAUGUUAGAUAUUAACCUGUUCAGGGAGGAGAAGGGCCACAACCCUGAACUCAUCCGCGAAUCUCAACGCCGUCGUUUCGCCAGCGUCGAACUCGUCGAUGACGUCAUCAAUCUCGACAAGGAGUGGCGCAAGCGUCAAUUCGAGCUCGAGACUCUCCGCAAAGACUUCAACAAGAUCAACAAGGAAGUCUCCAAGCUCAAGCGUGCUGGUGAAGAUGCAACCAAGAUUAUUGCCGAAUCGGAGGAGACUAAGAAACUCAUUGCUGACAAAGAGGUCGAAGUUCGCGACACUCUCAAACUCUUGAACUCUAAAUUGGAGAGCAUUGGAAACCUUGUCCACGAUUCUGUUCCCGUCAGUGAUGAUGAGUCCAACAAUGCUGUCAUUCGAACGUGGGGAGAGAGGAGGCUCGAGCCUAAGCUAAAGAAUCAUGUCGAUCUAGUUGAGCUUCUUGGAAUCGCAGACACAAAAAAAGGAGCUGAUGUUGCUGGAGGUAGAGGCUUCUAUCUUAAAGGAGAUGGUGUUCGUCUUAAUCAAGCACUGAUAAACUUUGGUCUUGAUUUUUUGGAGAAAAGGGGAUAUACUUUGUUGCAUACUCCUUUCUUCAUGAGAAAAGAUAUAAUGUCAAAGUGUGCUCAAUUAGCACAAUUUGAUGAAGAGCUUUACAAGGUAACGGGUGAAGGAGAUGACAAAUAUCUGAUAGCUACGGCUGAGCAGCCCCUAUGUGCUUAUCAUCUAGAUGAUUGGAUCCACCCAACCCAGCUACCUAUAAGAUAUGCUGGAUAUUCAUCUUGCUUUCGAAAAGAAGCUGGCUCACAUGGUCGAGAUACUCUUGGGAUAUUCCGUGUUCACCAAUUUGAGAAAGUGGAACAGUUUUGCCUUACUAGCCCAAAUGACAAUGAUUCAUGGAACAUGCACGAGGAAAUGUUAAAAAACUCUGAAGAUUUCUAUAAAGAAUUGAACAUUCCAUAUCAAGUUGUUGCCAUUGUGUCUGGUGCUUUGAAUGAUGCUGCAGCAAAGAAGUAUGAUCUAGAAGCAUGGUUUCCAUCUUCACAAACAUACAGAGAGCUAGUAUCCUGUUCAAACUGUACAGACUAUCAGUCCCGAAAACUAGAAAUUCGAUACGGGCAAAAGAAGAGCAAUGAGCAAAUGAAGCAAUAUGUUCACUUGUUGAACUCCACUCUCACAGCUACUGAGAGGACCAUUUGCUGCAUACUUGAGAACAACCAGAAGGAGGAUGGUGUAGAGAUACCCGAAGCCCUCAGACCAUUCAUGGGUGGAAAGACUUUCCUACCUUUCAAGAACCAACCAGUUAGUGAAGCCAAAGGGAAGAAAUCAAAGGCCUAAAUUUCAUUUAGUCUCAAUGAUAUUUAUGAAAAAAGAAAAUGUUCAUUCACGAUUUUGUUCAGAAAGGACGCACUUAGAUAUUCAAACUAUAACUUAAGUUACUACAUUGUAGAAGUCUUAACAAAAGUUUUAUUUAAUGACCUUAUUCCUUGCUGGCUUGCAUCACAUUGUUGAUGUGAAUGAUGAUAUUAUUCAGCCCAUCAUGUUUGUAAUGUUAUAAUUUUGGUUGAAGGGGCAUAAACCUCAAAUACUAGAAGUGUUGUGGGAUUCUGAAGUCUUCGUGGUUUCUGUCUUGCAGGUCAUUGAAAUUGAACCAUGUUCAAUUUAAUGGAUCUGCGUCUAUCCUGGCUUCAAUUACAAAUUUUUUUGAAAAGAGCAAUACCGUCUGGAAAUUUGGGACUAAACUAUUGAAACAAGUUUUGUAAUAGAAUAAUGACACACCAGAUGCAUUGUUGUGGUGCCCAAUCUUUUUAGCUGGCUCUUAACAGAGUAGCAUUCACGGUCAUAGCUCUUUUAGGACACUGUUUUGAUUUGUUCUUUUGGGAGAAUGAACAAUAAGAAACAUCAUUUUUUGGUAUAA